AUGCUUCGGUGCGUUCUCCUUCUGGUCGCUGUGAUUGCGACUGCUGUCCUUGCCGCUAAACAUGAAGAUCCAGAGGUUGAGAUGACCACGCCUCAAAUCAUUGAGCAUUGGGGUUAUCCAGCAGAAAUCUACACUGUAACCACAGAAGAUGGAUACGUUCUGGAGCUACACAGGAUACCAUAUGGCAAAAACGAUGCGAAACCCAUAAAACCGCGACCAGUGGUUUUCAUGCAGCAUGGUCUCGAAUGCAGUAGCAGUAAUUGGAUCACUAAUUUGCCUGAUGAGAGUGCUGGUUUUAUCUUUGCUGAUGCUGGCUUUGAUGUUUGGCUCGGUAACAUGCGCGGUAAUACUUACAGCUCGAAGCACAUCAACCUUAGCCCGAAACAAGACAAAUUCUGGGAGUUCACAUGGGACGAGAUGGCGAAAUACGAUUUGGAGUCAAUGAUUGAUAAAGCUCUGAAUGUCUCUGGACAGAAGGAUCUGUACUACAUUGGGCACUCGCAAGGGACUAUUACUAUGUUUUCGAAGCUCUCCAUUGAUCAGGCUUUUUCAUCAAAGAUCAAGAAGUUCUUCGCACUCGCUCCUGUUGGAUCCGUUAAGCACGCCAAAGGACUGUUUAAAUUCUUGGCUGAUGACUUUGGACUCGAAUUUGACGGUUGGUUCGAUUUGUUCGGAGCAGGACAGUUUUUGCCGAAUGGAUGGAUUAUGAAAAUAGUUGCCGAUAGCGUUUGUGCUGGAUUGAACGUGAAAGAAGAACUUUGUGAUAAUGUACUUUUCCUGAUCGCAGGACCAGAAAGCCACCAGAUGAACGAUACCCGAACACCUGUAUAUCUGAGCCAUACACCGGCAGGCACGUCAUCUCUCAACGUCAUGCAUUGGCUGCAAAUGGUGAAGAAGGGUACAGUUUCUAUGUACGAUUAUGGGACGAGAGAGAACAAGAAGAAGUAUGGACAGGCAAACCCACCCGAAUAUGACUUUACCAAGAUCCAAAAUCAGAUUUACCUUUACUGGGGCGACAGUGAUUGGCUAGCUGAUCCUCAGGAUAUAUCGGCCUAUUUACUGCCUAGAAUACAGCACACACUUGCGGGCGACGUUGAGCUGAAGGACUACAAUCAUUUGGAUUUCAUUUGGGGUCUUCGAGCUGCCGCUGAUAUCUACUAUCCAAUCGUCAAUUUAAUCAAAAAGGAUCUGUCUUAACUGCUG